AUGUCGCAGGCAAUGCAACAAGAGGCAAUUGCAGUCUCCACAACCGCUCUACAGGAAUACAACAUUGAAAAGGAUGUUGCCAAGUACAUCAAGAAGGAAGUCGAACUGCUGUUCUUCUAUUCCGAUCCGGAUGACUCAUCAAUGCAGCGUGCAUGCAGAAACUACCGGCGUUCUCUUUGUUUGGCUUAUAUGAGCAUAUUUUUUGUUGAGCUGUUGAGUUUAUCCUGCACAGCACGUGACUUUCCCAUGACGUUUGUCCUGGUGACUCCCACACCAUUGGAUGUUAGGAUUCAGAUGAAUUAUUUUGGAAACUGCGUUGAAUUCAAUCAUCGG